AUGCUUUGCGGCCGGCCGGCGCGAGGCCGCAGGGUGAUGGCGCCGCCCGGGGCGCGUGGCGGCUGAGCCGGCGGUGGCCCGGAGCCCCGGGGAGGAUGGAAGCUUGGCGCUGUGUGAGGAGAGGCUACGGCCGCUGCUGUGUGGUGGGCAGAGGCCGCAAAUAAGUAAACGAGAGAAAAGAAGUCAGCCAAGAGAUGUGCCUUCGUGGAGUGUGACGAGCAUUGGGUUCUUAGCCGUGUCUGGAAACUGCAGCCUUGAGAGCAACUCCACAGACACCUCUGGACUGCAAGCCCAGGUCGGAGGAGCGAGCUGAUUCUCUCUGAUCACAAUACCCUAUGUUGCCCCACCAACAGAAGAGUCUGGGCAGAGACCGCACCACACCGUGGGAGAAGCCGCAGAGGUGCUGCUGGGGCAUACACAUUUCUGGCUGUGUGAGGUGGCCUGGGUGCCAUUCUCGCGCCCCGUACCCGUGCUUCAGCAGCUGGCAUUUCUCACUGCAUCGGACACCCACUUGUUUGUUUGAGUCUAGAAGUCAGUCUCGGUACUGGAGCUGGAGACCCGACCACCUGAGCCAGACAUCCUUGCUUCACCUCUCUAGUUACAGCAUGAGCUCUGAGGGAGGGGAGCCUUCAUCCAAACGAAGAAAGCACCAAGGCAUGAUAGAGCGGCACUGGGAGUAUGUGUAUACCCAGAGGAAAGAGGACGCCGAGCCCCUGCAAGACAAAGGUGACCCCGGAUGUGAAGACGGGGAGAGCAGGUUUGACUUCUCAGUGAUGUCCUAUAACAUACUUGCCCAGGACUUGCUGGAAGACAACGCCCACCUGUACAGACACUGCCGGCGGCCCGUCCUGCACUGGGCCUUUCGCUUCCCCAACAUCUUCCAGGAAAUAAAGCAUCUCGAUGCAGAUGUGCUUUGUCUGCAAGAAGUCCAAGAAGAUCACUAUGGAGCCGAGAUCAGGCCGAGUCUAGAGUCACUGGGCUACCACUGCGAAUACAAGAUGCGGACGGGCAGGAAGCCCGACGGCUGCGCCAUCUGCUUCAAGCACUCCAAGUUCUCCCUCUUGGCGGUGAGCCCUGUGGAGUUCUACCGCCGCGAUGUCCCCCUGCUGGACAGAGACAACGUGGGGCUGGUGUUGCUCCUGCGGCCCAGAGUCCCGAGCGCGGCCUCCCGGGCCAUCUGCGUGGCCAACACACACCUCUUGUACAAUCCCAGGCGGGGUGACAUCAAGCUGACCCAGCUGGCCAUGCUCCUGGCCGAGAUUGCCAGCGUGGCCCGCCAGACGGACGGCAGCUGCUGCCCCAUCGUCAUGUGUGGUGACUUCAAUUCAGUCCCCGGCUCUCCUCUCUACACCUUCAUACGGGACGGAAAGCUCAACUACGCGGGACUGGCCAUCGGAAAGGUCUCUGGCCAGGAGCAGUCUGCACGGGGCCAAAGAAUCCUAUCUAUUCCAAUCUGGCCCCCAAGCCUCGGAAUCUCCCAGAACUGUGUGUAUGAGCUACAGCAGGUCCCCAGAGCAGAGAAGACAGACACGGACCCAACACAGACAGAGCUGGACAAAGCAGAGGUCCUAGGGAUGCCCGAAAAGUCACCGUCCAGUCUGCGGCACCACUUCAGCCUGUCGUCGGCCUACUCGCACUACGUGCCCGGCACCGGGGUCCCAGAGGUCACCACCUGCCAUUCCCGCAGCGCCCUGACCGUGGACUACAUUUUCUACUCGGCGGACAAGGACGAGGCGGCCGGAAGGCCAGGAUCUGAAGUUGCUUUGGUUGGUGGCUUGAAACUUCUAGCGAGGCUGUCACUUCUCACAGAACAAGACUUGUGGACAGUUAAUGGACUCCCAAAUGAAAACAACUCUUCAGAUCACCUGCCUUUGUUGGCUAAGUUCAGGCUUGAGCUUUGACUCAAGAUUCUACCUGUACUUUCUUUUCCAACCUACAUUCUCUGUUAAGGAAUGUAAAGUCUUUUUUUUUUUUUUUUAAGAGUUUGCAUGUUUAUUUUUGCACUGUGGAACUUUGGAAGAAAUGGUAUUAAAAUACCUGAUAAAGGUAUCACAAGCAGCAAGUUUACAGCUUUUUAAUAAUUAAAUAUUUUUUUAGAUCAAAAUGUUCUUUACUGUAAAAAAAAUUUGUAAAUAUUUUUUAUUCUAAAUCCAGUAAAAUUGUCGAUGAUCUUUUUAAAAUAGUGCCCUCUUUAUAAAAAAAAAAAAUUACUGGGGCUGGGUGGUGGACACCUGGUUAGUGUGCAGGUUCGAGCCCCCAGUCCCCACCUGCGGGGGGGAAGCUCCACUAGAGGUGAAGCAGGGCUGCAGAGGUCUGUCUCUCCUUCUCCAUCUCCCCCUACCCUCUCCAUUUCUGGCUGUCUCUAGCCAAUAAAUAAGUAUAAUAAAAAUUUUUAAGAAUUUAUUAAAAAAUAAAAACUACUUUCUUUAAAGUGUU